AUGGUAUCCUUCACCGAAGAUUCGUCUCCGUCAUUAUCCAUUCAAAACCGGGGUUUAGCUUGCCAAAGUUGCCGAAAGCGCAGAAGAAAGUGUAACCUAGAAUCCCCUUGUUCUAAUUGCGUGAAAUAUGGGAUCCAGUGUGUCCCAAUAUCCAAGGAUUUGAGAAGAAGACGACACUCUGUUGACUACCUGAAAUCUUUGGAGAACCACAUCGCGCAUUUGGAGGCUCUGGUUCAAGACCUACGGGCGCAAAAAACGGAUGUCAGCGGGAAGCCUGCGGGCUGCACUUCAGGAGGGGGAUCCAAGUCUGUACCGUCGCUGGCCAGUACCGCCCCUCAAGGUGUUCAAGCCGGAGGAAGCAUAUAUCCGACCAACUCGCUGAACUUGUCUUCUAAUAGAACUUCAAAAGUUAGUGAGGACGCUGCGACAGAGACUCCACGGACCCGACUGAAGAGUAUGUCACGAAGCCCGCUAAUUCUGCGGGCGCUGUCACUUUUCUUCAAAUGGCUGUACCCCGGCCACUAUAGUUUUAUUCAUCGCGAGACAUUUCUGAGUGCAUUUUUCGGGGACCCUGCAACUAAGGCGUACUACUGUUCAGAAGAGCUGGUAUACGCUAUUGCUGCGCUGGGGUCCAUUCUAUCUGAUAAAAACGAAGAACUGUAUCAGCAGGGCCUACAGUACUAUCAUGUGGCGAAAACGAUAGUGCUACAAAAAAUAUUCCAGCUGAACGACACAUCUCUGGCAGGAUCUACCUCGUCCUCGAAAUUAGCCGUCAUUCAAACCAUGUUGUGCCUCGCAUUUUUUGACAUCGGCAACGGUGAAAACCCACUUGCAUGGUAUUCUUCAGGGCUUGCAUUUCGCAUAGCACAUGAGAUAGGACUCCACUUGAACUUCGAGUCCUGGAGUAAUGUCUACGAGGACGAACUAUCCAAUCUAGAUAUCGAGGUUCGGAGCAGAAUCUAUUGGGGUUGUUACAUUGCCGAUCACUUGAUAUGUGUCCUAUUUGGCAGAUCCACCUCUUUGCGGAUGUCCAAUUCCACUGUCCCUGAAACUGAUGAGCUUCCAGAUGUCGAAACAGGCAUUGAGGACUACGUUUACGACUCCUGUACAACAUUGCCGAUGGCAAAGCCUUUGAAGGAGUUGAUUGUGUUGUCCAGGAUCACUGAGCUGUUUGCGAGCAAGGUUUUCAUACAGUCGGAACCAGUGUCACACAGAAGUCAACAACUUCUUCUUUUCAACGCGGAACUACGCCAAUGGCGAACUAAUCUCCCAAGCGAACUUCAGUGGUCAAAGGUGUCGUUGAAGAGCAUCAGUGAUUUCAAUCCGACCAUCACUUACCUCUGGUUCCAUUAUUACAUCGUGCUGCUGUCUUACAACAAGCCCUUUAUGGACGAACUGAAAGAAAGCCGUGUAAUUGCCGAGGAAACCAUAGAAGAGGUUCACUGCCUUCUACGAUCGUUUAAAGACAAAUGUGGUACGUUUGAGAAAAGCAGUAUUUACAUGAUAUAUUCGGCAAUCUUAGCCAUACAAUGUUGCACAACUAGUGAAUUGGGCCAGAAGCUGAUACCAGACCUUAAAGAUUUUUUACUGUCACCUACCUUGAACUGUGAAUUAGGCAGGAAAUUUAUGGACCAAGAAGUCGGUAGUUAUGUGACGGAUUUGUUCGGAACGCUGACAAAUGGCAAUGACUUUGCCCUAGAGUAUAACUUUGAUUUUACUUUAUUGAAUGAGAUUGAUACGCUCAUUGGCGGCUCACAGACUAACAGGGUGUAA